UGUGUGUGCAUAUGUGGGGGUGUGAGUGUGUGAGAGGAAGCGGGAGUGCGUGCGUGUGUGAGUGUGUCCGUGUGUGUCUGUGUGUGAGUGUGUGUGUGUGUGAGUGUGUGUGUGUGAGUGAGUGAAUUCCAGAUUUUCUGUCUUUCCCAAACCCGCGCCUGUCCUCUCGCAUAUCACUCACAGACGGGAUCUGACAGCAGCCACAAACCUACAGUGAGUGAUCUCUCCCCCCAGCGCGGAUCCGCCAUAGAGAUCGGCCAGGAGGAGGAGGAAGAGGAGGAGGUGGAGGAGGAGGGAAAGGGGAGAAGGAGGAAGAAGAAAAAGAAGAAGAAACCACUACCUUCCCAGGAUCGCCUUUUUUUUUCUUCCUUAUCUUUACGCGCGCGUGUGCGUGUGGCGCGUGUGCGCCCCUCGUCCCUUCCAUCCGAACCCGGUCUUGGAUGUUUAAUAAAGAAAUCAAGUGUCUCAACAGUCACAAAAAAAAACCAAAACCAAAAAAAAAAAAAAAUCCAAAAAAGCAAAAACAAAAAGAGAGAGAGAAAGAGAGGAAAAAAAUUCAAAACAAACAAACAAACAAGGCACAGCCAACCUCUACUUCAAACCAGCCGGCACAAGCCACCCGGGUCUGCCACCCAGGAGGGGGGUCUCUGGCCCGCGGUGGAGGAGUUGCAGGGGGGAUCGUCGGGGGGACAGAGGCCGAGACGCCCUAGGAGCCACCGGGCAGGAGGCGGAGGAGACCCGGCAGGCGAGCGAGACCGCGGGCCCCGCGCGCGGCUGGGGCUGGGGCGCCAGAAGUGGGACUGGAGCGAAGUUGAGCGAUGCCAAGGAGGAAACAGCAGGCACCCAAGCGGGCGGCAGGCUACGCCCAGGAGGAACAGCUGAAGGACCAGGAGGAGAUAAAAGAGGAAGAGGAAGAGGAGGAAGACAGCGGUUCCGUGGUUCAACUCCAGAGCAGCAAUGACCCCGGGACAGACGAGGAGCUAGACAUGGGCCCGGAGCCGAAGGGCUGCUUCAGCUACCAGAACUCCCCAGGCAGCCACUUGUCCAACCAGGACGCGGAGAGCGAGUCUCUGCUGAGCGAUGCCAGUGACCCCGUGUCCGACAUCAAGAGCGUGUGCGGCCGGGAUGCCCUGGACAAGACAGCCGGAGCUCGGCCCAAGCUGCCCGGGGAAGCCCACAACUGCAUGGACAAAAUGACGGCCGUCUAUGCCAACAUCUUGUCUGAUUCCUACUGGUCGGGCCUGGGCCUGGGCUUCAAGCUGUCCAACAGCGACAGGCGGCAUUGUGACACCCGAAAUGGCAGCAGCAAGACGGAUUUUGAUUGGCACCAAGACGCUCUGUCCAAAAGCCUGCAGCAGAACCUGCCCUCCAGGUCCGUGUCGAAGCCCAGCCUGUUCAGCUCGGUGCAGCUGUACCGGCAGAGCAGCAAGGCGUGUGGGAGCGUCUUCACCGGGGCCAGCAGGUUCCGCUGCCGCCAGUGCAGCGCCGCCUACGACACCCUGGUCGAGCUGACCGUGCACAUGAACGAGACGGGCCACUACCAAGACGACAACCGCAAAAAGGACAAGCUUCGGCCCCUGAGCUACUCCAAGCCCCGCAAGCGGGCCUUCCAGGACAUGGACAAGGAGGACGCCCAGAAGGUGCUGAAGUGCAUGUUCUGUGGCGACUCUUUUGACUCCCUCCAGGAUCUGAGCGUCCACAUGAUCAAAACGAAACAUUACCAAAAAGUGCCUUUGAAGGAGCCAGUCCCCACCAUUUCAUCGAAAAUGGUCGCUCCGGCAAAGAAACGCGUCUUUGAUGUCAACCGGCCGUGUUCCCCGGACUCCACCACGGGCUCGUUCGCAGACUCGUUUUCGUCCCCGAAGAGCAGCAGCCUGCAGCUGUCCUCCAACAACCGCUAUGGCUACCAGAACGGCGCCAGCUACACCUGGCAGUUCGAGGCCUGCAAGUCCCAGAUCCUGAAGUGCAUGGAGUGUGGGAGCUCCCACGACACCUUGCAGCAGCUCACCACCCACAUGAUGGUCACAGGUCACUUUCUCAAGGUCACCAGCUCUGCCUCCAAGAAAGGGAAGCAGCUGGUGUUAGACCCGCUGGCGGUGGAGAAAAUGCAGUCUUUGUCGGACGUGCCGAACAGUGAUUCUCUGGCUCCCAAGCCAUCAAGUAACUCAGCUUCGGACUGUGCAGCUUCUACGACUGAGAUAAAGAAGGAGGGUAAGAAAGAAAAGCCAGAGGAGGCCAACAAGGAGGAGAAAGCCGUGAAAAGCGAGGACUAUGAAGACCCUCUACAAAAACCGUUAGACCCUACAAUAAAGUAUCAGUACCUACGGGAGGAGGAUCUGGAAGAUGGCUCCAAGGGUGGAGGGGACAUCCUGAAGUCACUGGAAAACACUGUCACCACAGCCAUCAACAAGGCCCAAAAUGGGGCUCCCAGCUGGAGCGCGUACCCCAGCAUCCACGCCGCCUACCAGCUGUCGGAGGGCACCAAGGCCUCCUUGCCUCUGGGCUCCCAGGUGCUGCAGAUGCGGCCUAACCUCACCAACAAGUUGAGGCCGAUUGCUCCCAAGUGGAAAGUCAUGCCCCUGGUUUCUGUGCCCACGAACCUGGCCCCAUACACUCAAGUGAAGAAGGAGCCAGAAGACAGAGAGGAAAUAGUGAAGGAGUGUGGGAAAGAGAGUCCCCGCGAAGAAGCGUCAUCUUUCAGCCACAGUGAGGGGGAGUCUUGCUCCAACAGCGAACCCCCUUCCGAAUCCAAAAAGCCUGAGCCUUGCCCCCCGAAGGAGGAGGACAAGCUGAUGAAAGAGGGCGGUGAGAAGGAGAAACCCCAGCCCUUGGAGCCUGCGUCUCCCCUCAGCAAUGGGUGCGCCCUCGCCAACCACGCGUCGGCCCUGCCGUGCAUCAACCCGCUCAGCGCGCUGCAGUCCGUCCUGAACAACCACCUGGGCAAAGCCACGGAGCCCUUGCGCUCCCCUUCCUGCUCCAGCCCCAGCUCAAGCACAAUCUCGAUGUUUCACAAGUCGAGUCUCAGUGCCAUGGACAAGCCGGCCUUGAGUCCUGCCACCGCGAGGCCGGCCAGCGUGUCCAGGCGCUACCUGUUUGAGAACAACGAUCAGCCCAUCGACCUGACCAAGUCCAAAAGCAAGAAAGCCGAGUCCUCGCAAGCACAAUCCUGCACGUCCCCGCCUCAGAAGCAUGCUCUGUCUGACAUUGCCGACAUGGUCAAAGUCCUCCCCAAAGCCACCACCCCGAAGCCCGCCACUUCCUCCAGGGUCCCGCCCAUGAAGCUGGAAGUGGACGUCAGGCGCUUCGAGGACGUCUCCAGUGAAGUCUCGACGUUGCAUAAAAGAAAGGGCCGGCAGUCCAACUGGAACCCUCAGCACCUUCUGAUCCUGCAGGCUCAGUUUGCGUCGAGCCUCUUCCAGACGUCGGAGGGCAAGUACCUGCUGUCCGACCUGGGCCCCCAAGAGCGAAUGCAGAUCUCAAAGUUUACGGGACUCUCGAUGACCACCAUCAGCCACUGGCUGGCCAACGUCAAGUACCAGCUUAGGAAAACGGGCGGGACGAAAUUUCUGAAAAACAUGGACAAAGGCCACCCCAUCUUUUAUUGUAGUGACUGUGCCUCCCAGUUUAGAACCCCUUCUACCUACAUCAGCCACUUAGAAUCUCACCUCGGUUUCCAAAUGAAGGACAUGACCCGCAUGGCCGUGGAGCAGCAAGGCAAGGUGGAACAAGAGAUCUCCCGGGUGUCGUCGGCUCAGAGGUCUCCGGAAACCAUAGCUGGCGAAGAGGAUACAGACUCUAAGUUCAAGUGUAAGUUGUGCUCUCGGACAUUUGUGAGCAAACACGCAGUAAAACUCCACCUAAGCAAAACGCACAGCAAGUCACCCGAACACCACUCUCAGUUUGUAACAGACGUGGAUGAAGAAUAGCUCUGCAGGUAUGGGUUUGCUCCCAGGUGGUGUGACGGUGGCCUUGGAGGAGUUCCUUGAAGGGAGAUGGGUCUCUUAGGCAGCUAACGUCUCCCCACACCAGAGGCCAGUAGCCUGCUGGAACAGGACUUAGUUUUACAAAGACUAGAAUAUGAUAAAUAAGUCCUAUCUGUUCUCUCAGUCUCUCCAGUGUAGACUUGGGCAUUAGCAUGAAAUGGGUUUAGGGAGAUGGAGCUCACAGAUUCCCGCUUCAUGAUUCGUGAUCCCCGUAGUUUCCCAAGGCCCAGCUUGCCAGGGCCGCCCAAGGCUACACGUCAUUUUAAUUAAUAAGUACUAAUUUCUCUCCCGUCCCAUUUCACCACCUCCCCUGCCCAUAGGAAUGCUAAUGACUUAGAAAGUGAGAAAGAAAAGGCCAUCCACAGAACAAAGACUGUAGAGUUCCUGGGGGCAGCCACUGUGCAGAUUUCUUAAUCAGCUUAUGAAUAGUUUAAAGUUGUCUUUAUCGUCAUUACUUGUAAUCAAUGCUUUUUGCAGCUACUGUCAGCACUCGCUCCCUUCUGCCCCCUUCCCUUUGCUCAUUCCUCCCUUAGGUUUCCCUUGAAUGAGCAUCUGCCCUGAAGUCAGAUGAUAGAAAAUAGUAUUCUCUGCACAACACUGAGAUGAAAAGAGAGGAGGCGUAUCUUCUUCUCUCAUCUUUGGUUUUCCUUAGGAUAGACUAAUUCCAGAGUCCACCUGUAAGGAAGAUGGGUGCGAGGCAUGCCCUUGAGAUUGUGUUUUACAGAAAGAAGCAAAUUACUUUCUGCCCACCCAUUGCCAAUGCACAUGGGUCUCCCAGCUUCAAGAUGACUUGCAUCGUGCAUCAUAGAAGCUCUUUGCCUUGUAAAGUCACCAGGGCCCAGACUGUCAAUGUCAUCCAGGAAAGAGGACAGAGACCAAGGUCAGAUACCUUGGCAGGCUAGUCACACUGGCCAUCUUCAAAUGUGUUCAAGGCUGGAUCUUAAAUCCCUUUUCUCUCAGUUUGUAUUUUCUCUGCUGCCUUUUCUCUUCCCUCCAUCAUGACACCACCCCAUGUGUUAGGGACCCUCACAUAUAUUCAGGGUGUCUUCCACCACAGGCCACACCCCAAGAUGAGGACCCACCCAAGCUUUGGCACUUGCUGGUCCAGUCUAUGUUGUGCUAGGUUACAGAUGAGCUCUUUUGAUUAAUUCACAAUAAGACACGAACAGCUACAAUAACAAGGUAGAAGCCCUCAUCAUCUCCGAUGGUCAGAGUGUUUGUUUUUCAAUAGGAGGCUUUUAGGUCAAGCCACAGAGGUAUGAGCACUUAGCAGGGUCCAGGUGGAGACAGGUGUGUAUAUAACGUGGCUUCAGGCUCACUUCCCAAUAGGGAGGGAGGCUGGCGGGGUGUGAGAUGGUCACAUGAAAUAAAGGGUUAAAACGUCAGAUCUGGGACUUUCAGUGAAAAUAUCUAAGAGCUUCUGAUAAAGGGGAUGCCAUCCCAUAAUUCCAAUGGCUCUCUGGGCUCCAAUGAAGACUAUUGUUUUGUUUGCAUGUUUUUAUCAUGAUAAUUAAAACGUGUUACUGGCA